AGAAAAAUGGCAUUUUCAGUAAAGACCAGAUUGUUCCAUCUCUCUCUCUCUUUUCUUUACAGUCGUCUUUCUAACCGAUCACUCAGAGCAGGGAAGACUCUUUGCCGAACCUUUAAACUUUCCCAUCCAGAGGAUAAUGCAAGGAUCUGCAGCUGAUUCUGAGCUUGAAGAUGGAGCAGUGAGGCUCGACUCUCUCUUCAAUGGCAAUCUCUAAGCUCACUCCUCUUCUCUUGGCCCUCGUCUUCCUCUCCAUUGCCGAACCAGGCGAGCCAUCACUGUUCGCAGACAUCAAGCAAGGCCAAGACCCAGAUAAGGAACCGUACGUGGGUGUGAAUAUAGGCACGGACGUCUCGCAUCUCAUCUCCCCGCCGAGCCUCGUCUCGUUCCUUCAGGUCCAGAAGAUCACCUACGUCCGUCUCUACGAUGCAGACCCUGACCUCCUCAAGGCGCUGGCCAAGACCAAGAUUCGGGUCAUCAUCGGCGUGCCCAACAACCAGCUACUCGCAAUUGGGUCGUCGAAUGCCACCGCUGCUUCGUGGGUGGACCGAAAUGUCGUUGCUUACUACCCCGAAACGUCAAUCAUUGGCAUUGCGGUCGGCGAUGAGGUCUUGACCACAGUGCCCUCUUCGGCUCCUCUGCUUGUGCCUGCGAUUGGGUCUCUCUACAGUGCUUUGGUAGCUGCGAAUCUCCAUACCCUGAUCAAGGUUUCCACGCCGCACGCGGCGUCGGUCAUGCUCGAUUCGUUCCCCCCGAGCCAAGCCUUUUUCAACCAGAGCAUGGUCUCUGUAAUGCUUCCCUUGUUGCAGUUCUUGUCAAGAACUGGGUCACCUCUGAUGAUGAAUCUGUACCCUUACUAUGUGUUUAUGCAGAACAAGGGUGUGGUUCCUAUUGAUAAUGCGCUCUUCAAGCCCUUGACGCCGUCCAAAGAAAUGGUUGAUCCGAACACUCUGCUUCACUACACUAAUGUGCUCGAUGCCAUGAUCGAUGCCGCAUAUGUUUCAAUGAAGAAUUUGAAUGUCACCGAUGUCGCGGUGCUUGUGUCUGAAACCGGGUGGCCUUCGAAGGGGGACUCGAAGGAGCCUUAUGCCACGGUCGAUAACGCGGAUACAUACAAUUCCAACUUGAUUAAGCAUGUUCUCGAUAGGAGUGGAACUCCUUUGCACCCAGAACUUACUCCUAGUGUGUAUAUAUACGAAUUGUUCAAUGAGGACUUGAGGUCUCCACCGAUAUCGGAGGCGAGCUGGGGUCUGUUUUAUGGGAAUUCCACGGCGGUGUACUUGCUUCAUGUGUCUGGAAGCGGGGGAUUUUUGGCAAAUGAUACUACCAAUCAGACAUACUGCAUUGCCAUGGACAGCAUCGAUGCCAGAACUCUACAAGCUGCGUUAGACUGGGCAUGCGGUCCGGGGCAGGCGAAUUGUUCGGAAAUACAGCCCGGGGAGGAUUGUUAUCAGCCCAACAAUGUGAAGAAUCAUGCCUCUUACGCAUUUGAUAGUUACUAUCAGAAGGAAGGGAAGGCUGCUGGGUCUUGUGACUUCAAAGGUGUGGCCAUGAUCACCACCACGGACCCAAGUCACGGGAGUUGUAUCUUUCCUGGAAGCAAGAAGGUGAGCAACACGACGAGGCAGGUUCUGAACUCAUCAGUCUCAAGUGGUGCGGCUGAGAGCUCCAGAUUUUUCAUCUUCAGCAGCAACAGGAGAAGAGCAAUUGACAGGGCUUUACAGUCUGUCUUCUUUGUACUUUUCUCAUUCUUGUUAGCAAUUGCUCUCUGGACGCCAAGCUGAAGUAUAUGAACAUAAUAAUGUUUCUUCCGUCUGUAUUAGUAUAAUGUUUCUUGAUCAAUCAAUUAUUUUUUGGUGUAAUUACCACCUUAAA